AUGUCAUACCGACUGGUUUGUGCGAGAACUUUCGUCUCGUCAUCUUUGCUCAAAUCAACGCUGCAAACGAUUCCGAAACGGCAACCACUGCAAGUGUUCCGGCAGUAUGGACGUGAUGUGAAAGGAAGCGGUACAGGAUGGACAACUCGCGCAGAACGUACAACGUUGCGGGAACGGGCAAUGGCCCCACCCGGUCCAAAUGCUUACGCGAUCGGUAAAGGAGCAGUGGCUGGCGGUGCGGCCCUAGGACUCGGAGCGUUAUGCUUUUAUGGUCUCGGUUUGGGAAGCGGGACGAGCACGCUGGAAAAUUCCCACCUUUGGCCGGAGUUUGUAAAGCAGCGCAUACAGGACACUUACUUGUACUUCGGUGGUUCGCUCGCCAUUUCGGCAGCUAGUGCUAUGGCCGUGUUUCGGUCGCCUCGCUUGUUAAGUUUGGUUUCGAGAAACGGAUGGAUGUCGAUUCUCGGCACUUUCGCACUGAUGAUUGGUUCUGGAAUGGUGGCACAAUCUAUUCCUUACAGUCCGGGUCUGGGUGCGAAACAACUAGCAUGGGCGACACAUUCGGCCAUUUUGGGAGCGGUCAUCGCACCGAUGUGCUUCGUCGGUGGUGCAAUCCUAACACGCGCGGCCUGGUACACGGCUGGCGUUGUCGGCGGACUUUCGACGGUGGCCGUUUGUGCACCGAGUGACAAAUUCCUGUAUAUGGGAGGCCCAUUGGCCAUCGGUCUUGGGGUAGUAUUUGCUUCUUCUCUUGCAUCGAUGUGGCUUCCACCGACGACAGCACUUGGAGCCGGCAUUGCGUCCCUUUCGCUGUACGGCGGUCUUUUGCUUUUCAGUGGAUUCUUACUAUACGACACGCAAAAAAUUGUGAAACGAGCUGAAAUGUACCCAUUGUACGCUCCCCGCCCAUUCGAUCCUGUAAAUUCAGCGAUUUCAAUCUAUAUGGAUACCUUGAACAUUUUCAUCCGAAUCGUCACUAUUUUGGCCGGUGGCGGUGGCAGUCGUCGCAAGUAA